CCCUGGGUUAUUUUGUAGACCAGGCUGGCUUGAGACUCACAGAUCUGCCUGCUGUGGUGAGAUACCAGUUAAUAUCAUUUAGAUACUUAGAUAUUUAGAUAGAUGGGUCAGGAUCUGGUGGAUGAAAGCUUCUGAGGAUGGAAAAGGCAGUUCUUGGAAAAAUGUGGUGUCCCUGAGAGAUGCUGUUAUUUACUUUUGUGCUGUGCUGAAUCCCCAUUUUCAUGCUCAGUGGCCAUUCCCACGAUUCCCACGUUGAGGCCGUCCCCACCCUUCCUGUGUCCCUUGAGUUGAGCAAGCGCUUCCUGUCCUGCUGUAAAUGAAAGUAGAGUUGGGGAUCGCUCCGCAUGUGUUUACUCUGCAGAAUGCUGGCACUGUCUGUUCCGUUAUCACAGCAAAACAGUGACGAGAAAGCCAGCAAGCAGAGCUUCAUUUCAGAGAGGGUUUGGGUUUAAGGUCUAUUGUGAUGAAGAGCUAAUUUGCUUUUGGAGCGUGUGUGAUGGCAGCCGGGACUGAGGAGGGGCUCUGAGGCCGGUCAGUCUCCCUCCCUGUUUUGAUCAGAUGAGUGGACUUCUGUGGGUCAUUCUUAAGUUUUCUUUUCUUGCUACAGCUGCUCCUUUGAGGGCAUACUGGAGCUCAGAGACGAUAUCCUAACUCUGCGAACUUCAUUCAGCGUGGCGAGAAAUUCCACACCUGCCAUAUGUGUCACUGUCUCAGCAGAUGGCACCGCCCAGUCCCAGGAACAGUACCCCUAACAGUAGCAGUGGGAGCAACGGCAAUGACCAGCUGAGCAAAACCAAUCUGUAUAUCCGAGGACUGCAGCCGGGCACUACUGACCAGGACCUUGUCAAGCUCUGUCAGCCAUAUGGCAAGAUUGUCUCCACCAAAGCCAUCCUGGACAAGACCACAAGCAAAUGCAAAGGCUAUGGUUUUGUGGACUUCGACAGUCCCUCGGCAGCACAGAAGGCUGUCACCGCACUGAAAGCCAGUGGUGUGCAGGCACAGAUGGCAAAGCAACAGGAGCAAGACCCUACAAAUUUAUAUAUCUCAAACCUCCCACUGUCGAUGGAUGAGCAGGGACUGGAGGGGAUGCUGAAGCCGUUCGGUCAGGUUAUCUCCACCCGAAUCCUGCGAGACACUAGCGGAACCAGCAGGGGAGUUGGCUUUGCGAGGAUGGAGUCCACAGAGAAGUGUGAAGCCGUCAUCACCCACUUUAAUGGGAAGUAUAUCAAGACGCCCCCUGGAGUGGCAGCACCAUCUGACCCUCUGCUCUGCAAAUUUGCUGAUGGCGGGCCAAAGAAACGCCAGAACCAAGGAAAAUUUGUGCAAAAUGGACGGGCCUGGCCGAGGAAUGGAGACAUGGGUGGUAUGGCUUUGACCUAUGACCCCACCACAGCUCUACAGAACGGGUUCUACCCAGCGCCAUACAGCAUCGCCCACAGCCGGAUGCUCGCUCAGUCUGCGCUCUCCCCAUAUCUCCCAUCUCCUGUGUCCUCCUAUCAGAGAGUGACCCAGACAUCUCCUCUACAAGUUCCUAACCCAUCCUGGAUGCAACACCAGUCGUACCUCAUGCAGCCUUCAGGCUCAGUUCUUACACCAGGGAUGGACCACCCUCUUUCUCUCCAGCAUGCCUCCAUGAUGGGACCUCUUACCCAACAAUUGAGUCACCUGUCACUCAGCAACCUGGGCACGUUCAUGCCAACAGCUGCUGCUAUGCAAGGAGCUUACAUCCCCCAGUACCCUCCUGUGCCUUCUUCCAAUGUUUCUGUUGAGGAGAGCAGUGGUCAGCAGAGCCAAGUGGCAGUGGAGACACCCACAGACCAUGGGGUCUUUCCUUUCCAGUUCAGUAAGUAACGAGGCCCAGGCCUGAGAAAAGACGACUGUGCAUGCCUGCCUUGGGCUCUUUUCCUAUUGAUGGAGGGAACCAUGUUGCUCUUCGUAUGUACUUUAUCCAAGAUCAGAAAACUUACACUGGCUGAGCUGCCUCCCAUCUUCACAGAGAGGUUGGGAUAUGUUGGAAAUUACUUACGAAGGCAAAUGAUUUCUUAAAAAAAAAAAAAAAGUGCUGGAAAAUGGAAGGAGCCCUGCUUGCCAAGUUUAGUUAUGGACUAUUUCUGAUGUGUCAUGUGUUUUAAAUAUGCAGCCCUAAAAUUUUUUGUUUUGCAAAGCUCUCAGUUCACAGGGUCUCUGUGUAGCCCUGGCAGGCCAGCCUUGAACUCACAGGGAUCCUACCCACUCUGUCUCCUGAGUGUACCACUAUGCCUGGCUGCUGUUUUUUCCUUUUUUAACUUCUUGUCCAGAUUGUUCUUUUUCUUUUCCUUCAGCUAAGCCUUGCCUACUUUGCCUUUUUACAGUUUUUAAUUUUAUGAAUUUGCCUUAAAUUUCAUGUGGGACUGGCAAAAGGGAGAGAAUUGCAGACAGUGGAGGUGGCUUUCCCUCUGCUCUCUGAGAAGAGACUGGAGUUUUGACUUUGGGAAGCAGACAUGUGACAGCCUUUGGAAGUUACUCUUCAACCAAAUUUGGUGGCAAGUUCAAAGAGGAUGAGGACUACAACAGACAUGGGUCUGACUGGAGCCCAGCUUCAGGAAUGCCUGCUCUGCCUCCUAGAGGGUCUUCAUUCUAUUCCAGGUCUCACAGCCCCAUCCCUGCUGCUUGUGGCCUUGCUCAGUCCCCCUAAACAUUCUUCCCCCAUGUGCAAGUUCUGCCCAUAUGAGGUUGUUGCCGUGUCUAUCAUCAGCUUUGACUGCCAUGCUUGGGGAGUGGUCAUGUGUGCCUGGCACCUAGCUGUAGAUCAAGGAUAGUCCUGAACACCGACAGAACAGAACCCCACCUCACCUCCUCCACCCCUCACUCCCUGGCAGCUAGAGUAUUUCCCUGCCUUCUGGAGUAGGCUAAAUCCCCAGCCCAGCCCUGGACAGAGCCUCGUAAUAUUCAUCAGGAGUGCCAGCUGCACAUAGGUGUCCUCAACAGUCUUUAAAGUUUAAGAAAUUCAGCAGGAGCUGUCUCAGCAGGGCUCGCUCAUAUGCGUGAGCCAAAUGCAGUUUGAAGGGCUGAAGGUGAGAACUGUGCUGGGCACUGUGCUGGGCUUGCUUGAGAGAGGACCAAGCUCUUUGUGCAGCACCCUGCCCAGCCCUAGAGUGUUUGGACCCCUUGCCCAGGGAACCAGAACACAGAAAUCACUUUCCUUCUUGUGGAAGGACAACAGGGUGUUAGGAUAGGAAAAGGAAAUACAUCAGCUCAUUACUUACGCCAGGAGGGACCUUGAAAUGUGUGUCUUUUUAACUAUCAAAUCCAGUUUCACCUCCACUAGACAAUCAGACAAAGCAAUGGAGAGUGGGAAAUGUGCUCAGAGGCUUGUAUAGGAAGGAAGGGUUGAACGUGGUGGUGGGAAGACACUGGCUUACUGGUGUAGCAGCUGUACAUACUGCAGAACUGGGACUCCUGGUCUGACUGCACUUCAGUGCAUUCUGGGAAUAAAGGGCUCACGGCAGUGGUGAGCAUAGAGUAUAAAGCACAGUAUGGGCUAGAGAUGGCUCCGGUUGGGAGCACUGGAUACACUUCCAGAGGUCCUGAGUUCAAUUCCCAGCAAUCAAGUGUGGUCUGGUGCCCUCUUCUGGCCUGCACACAUACAUGCAGGCAGAACACUGUAUACAUAAUAAGUAAAAAGAAUAAAAUUACCAGAUUUUUUUCACUGGUGCUUCCAACCUCAGGGAGGUCAGUUAUAUUCAGUUAAAGCCCUCAGUGACAGAACACUAAAAAGGCCGCUUUCUUGUUAGUGGUCUUUAAGGAAAACAAAACCAAACCAAGCCCAGAACUCUACUGAGUGGGCUAUUUGGAAGCUCUGCUGGUAGCCAGGGCCAGUAGGGUCCUGUUGUCACCACUGCCCUGUCACUACCUCUUAAAACUUGUUUCUUUUUCUGUAGCUCUAAAAGCAAUUUGAAUGGCUGAUGGUUUUAAAAAUUUCAAUUACCUUCUGAGGUUUCCUCUGUGAGUACUGUUUAGCUUCCAGUGUUUCUGGUUGAGCAGGUGCGAGCAUGGGAAAUGAGGGUAACCUAUAAUUUUUUUUUAUAGUGGUUAAUGGCACUGUGUAAUUCUGCUUAGUGAUUGCCACCCUCUCUUGUUCGCUCAUUACUCAGUAGUGACUGGGGACAGGAAAGAAGGAUGUAGGCUGUAGAGGGAUGGUCCGCAGGACACAGCUCCACAGGAAGCACCCCACCACACUACCCAAGGCUCUCAACACCAUGCCCAGUGCUUCCUGAAUCCUGCAGGCAUGGAGGUCAGACUUUUCUCUUUACAUCUCACCCCCAAAUUGUUUCCAGUUAGAACACACUAGAGUCCUAGGAUGGUGUCAUCCUUUACCAGGCUCCAAGCCUACCCAACCCACCUCAGGGUUACUAGCAUCCCUCCUGGGAUUCUUAAAGUGUUUUUAAGCCAAGGAUUUGAAGAACUGCCCAGCCUGUGAAGUUAGGUGCCUCUGAAGAGGGAACAGCUCGUCAGUAAUAAAGAGUUUUUUAUUGUUUUGUUGUUCCUGCUGUCCUUCCCUCCCAGACAUGCCCCCACCUUCUGGAAAAGUGUCAGAACUGCAUUCACUGAAGGCUAGUUGUUGCCUUCUUAGCCAAGAGCAAUACAGUUGAGUCAGGUCCAAACUUACCCCAGCCCUUUCUAGACCUGAACUCAGAGCAGGACUAGUCUCAACAGUUGGUUAUACAGGCAAAUCAAAUCUGUACCUUGUCACAUGGUUCUUCACAGUUCCUCUGUGAACCAAGCACUCCACUUCUGAGCAGCCUGCCCUUUCAAAGUGCCUGUAUGCAUUAGAGUCCUGAAGUUGGCAGGCUCCAGCAAGGCCUCUCCUCAGCAGCUAAAACCUCUGGGUGCCUCUUCUGCUCCGUGCUGACCCUUGCUGGAGGUGGUCUCCAUGUGGCAGUGACGAGAAAGCUUGAUGCCCUCAUCACCCUUGUGACCGUGGCUCUCGGACUGGCAUCUGCUUGUUCAACUCCUGUUCUCCUUACUCAACUACCUCAGUCUCUCAGUUCAGCACAGGCAAAGCACCUGCUCCUCACCCUUCACCACCCUCGUCUUUGAAACAAACGCAGACUCUUCAGUUCAAGAGCCGAAACUGCCUUCUGGAUUGUCUUCUCUAGCAAUUUGUGGUCCCUGAUCAUCUACAAUAGCGUGAGUGCUCCAGAUCAGUCCCUGUAUGGCAAGCCAGGGCCUAGGCUGUGCAGUGACCACCUUGGGCAAUUACUAGUUACCCCAGAAACACCAGCUUCGGAGCAGACUAAGACCUCAGAGAAUAAGAGAAUAGACUUGGAGGCUGCCGUAGAGCUGAGAGGACCAGAAUGGACGUCUCUGCUCCUGCCCCUCUCUGGGGCAGGUGACAACUCUAUUGGACGGACGCACUGGAGAGGAAGUUUAAUUUAUACUUAAAACACAUUUUGUACAUUUCCCCUUCACCCAGAGACCUGUAGUUCUCACCCUCCCAUCUGCAGUGCUACCUCUUGCCCGCUCUCCUUGGCUCACUUCUGCCCUCCCUCCCCUGCAAUUUGGAAGAGCUUUACUUUUGCUAACUUCAAUCCUUUUUUUUUUCUUUUUUUAAAAUAAAACACAAAAGUUGG